UUAUUCUCAGGAUGAUUUCAUAAUCCAUUUCCUGGUUUAAAGGAAACAGGAAGAAUGGCUACUGAGAGUACUCCCUCAGAGAUCAUAGAAAGAGAACGAAAAAAGUUGCUUGAAAUCCUCCAACAUGAUCUUGAUUCUAUCUUAGACACGUUAACCUCUCGGAGGUUGAUUUCUGAGGAAGAGUAUGAGGCUCUGGAGAAUGUUACAGAUCUCCUGAAGAAAAGCCGAAAGCUGCUAAUUUUGGUACAGAAAAAGGGAGAAGUGACCUGUGAGCAUUUUCUCAAGUGUUUAUUUAGUACUUUUCCACAGUCGGCUGCUGUUUCCGGCUUAAGGCAUGAAUUUUUAAAACAUGAGAAUGUAGUACCUUCUCAAUCUAUGGGGGCAAGCAAGAAUUCAGAAGAUGCUUUUUCUCCUGGAAAAAAACAGCCUGAGGCUCCUAAGAUCACAGUGUCCUUCAAUGAGAAGGGACACUUGGAUUUGGAAACCUCUGAGUUUUUCAGGGGCAGGAAAACUAGUUAUAGGAAAAUGGCUUUGCCCACCAGGGAGAAUGAGAAGGAAUAUGACACACCAGAAGUCACAUUACCAUAUUCAGUUGAGAAAGUUGGUUAUGAAGUUCCAGCAACUAUUACAUAUAGAAAGGAUGGACAGAGAUAUGAGGAGCUAAAUGAUUCUUUAUACUUAGGAAAAGAAGAAUAUCUAGGAUCUGUUGACUCCCCUGAAGAUGCAGAAGCCACUGUGGAAGAGGAGGAUUAUGAUGAUCCAGAGCACACUGGGUAUGAUGGUGACGAGGACUUCAAGUAUUCAGAAACCACAGAGUUCUCUGGUGAAGAACCAAGUUAUGAGGAUUCACAAAUCAGCCUUUCACUGGAGGAGGAACAGGAGAAAAGUAUGGAAGAAAGAAAAAAGGUGUUUAAAGACGUCCUGUUACGUUUGAACAUGGAUAGAAGCAGAAAGGUUCUGCCAGGUUUUGUUAAACAGUUCUCCUUCGAUCGAGGAUGUAAGUGGACCCCGGAGAGUCCAGGAGACUUAGCCUGGAAUUUCCUGAUGAAAAUUCAAGCACUAGAUGUGACGGCCAGGGAUUCAAUCCUCAGGCACAAGGUUCUGGAUGAAGGGAGCAAGGAGGAUUUGCUUGCUGGAGUGGAGAAUUUGGAAAUUCAAGACACACGAACCAUUAAUCCCCUCGAUGUCAUUUGUGCCACCAUGCUGUGUUCAGACAGCUCUCUGCAACGUCAAGUUAUGUCAAACAUGUAUCAGUGCCAGUUUGCUCUUCCCCUGCUACUGCCAGAUGCAGAAAACAACAAAAGCAUCUUAAUGCUGGGGGCCAUGAAGGACAUUGUGAAGAAGCAGUCAGCACAGUUUUCAGGAGGGCCUACAGGGGAUUCAGAGAAGUUUCUGACUCUCAUGAAGAUGCCUGUCAUCUCCUUUGUGCGUCUAGGAUACUGUAGCUUCUCUAAGUCCAGAAUCCUCAACACACUUCUCAGCCCUGCCCAGCUGAAAUCACACAGAAUCUUUCUCCAUCAAGAUUUGCCUCUUUUAGUGCUUCCCCGGCAAAUCUCAGAUGGCCUGAUUGAGAUAACGUGGUGUUUUCCCGAUGGCGAUGAUCUAAAGGAAAACCUUAGUGUUUUCCAAAAGCCUGUUGCUCUGGCCAAUCUCCGUGGAAAUCUAGAAAGCUUUUGGACUCAGUUUGGCUUUUUGAUGGAAGUUUCUUCAGCUGUGUUUUUUUUCACUGACUAUCUAGGUGAGAAGGAAUGGGACUUGCUAAUGUUUUUAGGAGAAGCUGCCAUUGAAAGAUGCUACUUUGUUCUCAGUCCCCAAGCCAGGGAGAGUGAAGAGGCUCAGAUUUUCCAGAGGAUACUGAACUUGAAGCCAGCACAGCUACUGUUUUGGGAGGGGGAAGAUGCUGGGGAUAGAAGGAAGAACAUAGAGGGCCUUCAAGCUGCUCUGCGGGAAGUGAUGUUCUCUUCUUCACUCAGAUAUGUGUCUAUGGAGGAUAUGGCCUCCCUGGCCAGGGAGCUCGGGAUUCAGGUAGAUGAAGACUUUGCAAACACUCAGAGAAUUCAAAUUUCCUCUGGAGAAAACAUGGCUGGAACAGCUGAAGGUGAGAGUCAGCAAAGACACAGUCAGCUAAAAAGCUCAUCUAAAAGCCAAGCUCUGAUGCCAAUACAAGAGCCUGGGACUCAAUGUGAGCUCAGCCAGAAUCUUCAGAAUCUCUAUGGUACCCCGGUAUUCAGGCCUCAUCUAGAGAACUCCUGGCCCUUACCAACCAUAGUUGGAGGUAACUUUAACCAUGUUUCCCUGAAAGCCCCCUGGGUUAUGGAUUGCCACUUUGGGUCAGAGCAGAGGUCUCAGUUGUUCUGUCCUUUGCCCUUUCAGAAUGCAAGGGCCCAGGGCAGAGUUAAAAGUUUUGGUAUUCAAUCCUUCCAUCCCCAGAGAUUUUAUUCAAGUGAAAGAUUCAUGAAAUUUUCCAGAGCUGCUCAGGGACGUUACUCAAACAGAACAUUUGUGAGACCUCCAAGACCCAUUUCUCAGCGUGUACAGGCCUGUCCUGAGAGACGACAAAUGAUGGGAACUCUUGAAAGGUAUUGGGCAGUAGUCUCCCAGGGAGCUCACUCCUGUUCCCUGGGCUCACAGCCAGCAAGAGCAGUAGGGAAGCCACGGCCUCAGCAAGCCUGCACUGGGGGAACACAGCUAACUGAAGCAACUGGAAAACCAAUGGGAACAUCCCAUAUUGAAAAGCCUCACCCUCAGUCCUUUCAGCUAGCAGGAGCCACACAAAAACUAAGACCUGCUUCUCAGCAAGGAGCCCAGAAGAAGACUCAGGGCAGGCCUUCAAAUCCAGCUCUCCAAAUAGGGUCCCAUCCCAUGUCCAAGAGCCCUCAGUUCAAAUCUGAUCAGUCCAGCCCAUCCCAAGUCAAACACUCCCAGCCUAAACCCUUCCAUCCUGUGCCCUCUCAACCUACACCCUCUCAACCGAAAUCCUCUCAGUCCCAGCCCUCCCAAACUAAAUCUUCUCCAUGCAAAUCCACUCAGUCUAAGCCAAGCCAGCCCCAGCCUCCCCAAUCUAAGCCUUCUCAGCCCAGACCCACUCAAUCUAAGUCAUCCUCAACCAGUCCUUCACAAGCUAAGGCACAUCACCCAAAAGCAGGGCCGAAGAGGGGAGGGACGCAUUAAAGUGCUAACUCCAGAGAUCUAUAAAGCAUAUCCUUUACCCAGGCCAUCCCUAUUAUAUAGUAAGCAGAAGAAUUGCCAUGAAGGUAAGACUGCUGUCAUCAGCAUGUCAAACACAGAAAGAUAUGCAUGACCAAAUUGGAUAUCUUUAAGAUAUUUGUAAGAGUUAUAUUCUUAACCAAGAAGAAAAAUAUGAAAAUAAGACUAGAAUCAAGCAGUAGAUAAUUGAAUCCAAUCUUGAGUAUUAUUAGAUAAUAUAUAACUUGUAUCCAGGGAAUGGGGGUGUCUAUGAGAGCCCCACUUGAAGAAUAAUGGAAUUAGGGUCUCUGAUUGCAAAGUGACUAUAAAAUAAGACUCAAGUUGCCUCUGUGUCUGAAAAAGUAUCUUAGCUGUUGGCUGCUCCAGGGGUGUUUCUGGUUCAAAAGUCUCUGGUUCAAUAUCAGCCACUGAGCAGAUAGAUAGCCCUGCUUAUUUGGUGUGGUUAAAUCAACUAGCUUCUGCUAAUAGCCCAAUUUGCUUGGAUGGUAAAACUCUCUCAUUUGACCCUUAUAGGUAGAAAUAAUGAACUAACAACCAAUAAAAUUAAUUAUUUUGCAUUAA